GAUGAAAGCGGCUGUGUGUUAUAAAGACUGCUCCAGCGACUUCACUUCUCUCACAGCCGGGAACUUCUCUGCACAGGAAUCAAAUCAGAUUAACCUGAAUAAUGGGUGCCCGGGUUUCAGUCAAGAAUCAGACUCCUUAUACCUGGCACUUUGCCACCCAGGACAAAGGGUUUACACGCAUCAAUCCUUUCAGCGAAACAUCCUACGAGGAGGCCAGGUUAAUCCAUCGCUACAUCUACAUCAGAUAUAAAGAUCACUCAUGGAAUAGCUUUAGGUACGAGUUUAACACCCAUAAAGGUGACACCUCGUUUAUCUUAAGGGAAACCUACAACCGUUCCCAGAUUCAGCUGCACUGCACCUCCGAGGGCGGCACUCAUUACUGUCCCAACUACGGAAAAAUUGAAGAAGAUGAAAGACUGAAAAAGCAAGCGGAGGAGAGAGAACAUCUGGAACGCUUGGAACGUGAGAGAAGGAUCCAGGAGGAGCUGAACAGAGAGAGCGAAUCAUCCAGACACAAGCUUUCUCAAGCAACUCAGCGGCUUCGUGAGAAACAGCGCUUCAGAGGUCAGGAACAGCAUCAUGAACGUACACAAGUUCUCCAUCAGCAGAUAGAAGACGACGCUGCUGCGAUCGAGAGGGACGAGGUUAUUGAUGUUGAAGAAAAAUUCAAAGCGCUUUUGUUAAAGUACCAGAUCACAGAAGAUAAAGAGAUACAGCACUACAAGAUCUGGGGCAGGAUUAAGACGCUCCAGAAUGAAAUCGCAGUCCAAUAUUGUAGAGAAAACGGCCUUUCAGUAUGGUCUCAGUUCACCUUCGAUCACGCUGUAGGGUAUAACGAACUGUCUCUUACUGAGAAGCUCACAGUUCUUGAGGCAUCUCUACAGUUCAUUCUGUACAGUAGCAGUGAAGACGCUGAAGAUGAUGGAGAUGAGCUGCUUGGCUGGGAGAAGAAGUACGACUUCUUCUUGGGAUUGGUGGAGCAGCUUCAUGCCACAAACCCGACUUUGGCCGAACGCAUUUUAUUAAACGUACUCGACACGAUUUCAGACCUGUCACCACAAGGUAAGGACAUUUUGGGUCAAAUGUUGUUCAACAGAAUCUGGACACCAACGGAAAUAAUGCUGUUCAUUAUCAAAAGUCCAGCUAUCAAGUGUGAUCAACUCGAUUCAGUUCUCCACACCGCGCAAACCUACCACCUGGACUGCAUCCUCGUGGUCUCUGCUCUUAGCAAUGAAAACCCUUUAAUGUUUCUUAAAGAACAAGUAAAAUACAUCCCGGAGAAAGAUGCUGAGAUGAUCGUGAAGGAACUUCGUGAAGCAAACUGCCCAGAGAAAGUCUUGGUGCCGUUGAAGGAUGUGCUUAGAUACCUGGAGUCGGAACUCCCAAAAUGUGAAUCGAAGGAACUUACCGAGAUCGAUGAUUUGAAAAGAAAGAUAAGAUCUCUUAAACUUACGGACCCAGACAUCAACGUUCUGAAAGACGUAUUAAUUGGAAUGUCAUUAGCCGUGCGAGACUGCACCAAAACCACCAGAGCAGGCUAUUUUCCAAGACGUACACAACUAGCAUCGUUGCUUUUGCUCCUCCUUGCACAGCUGACGCAAAAUAAAGGAUCUCUUCUUGAGAUUGGCACAGGUGAAGGCAAGUCCUGUAUCUUAGCCAUGUUUGCGACAAUUAUGGCUAUUCGUGAAACAAAAGUGGACAUUGUGACCAGCUCUCCGCUUCUCGCCCGGCGAGACCAAGAAGAGUGGUGUAAACUGUUUCAAAUGUUUGGUGUCACCUCAUCUGUAGUACCUCCAGCUUUCUCAGGUGCCUUUUCACCUGAGAAACAUGAGGAAGAUCUUAAAAAUGCUUACAGACAACAAAUAGUAUAUGGCACAGUGGGAGUGUUUGCAGCAGACACACUUAAACAGGAAUUCGAGAAGAGGAUUACCCGUAAUGACAGGAACUUUGAGCUCGUAAUAGUGGAUGAAGUGGACUACAUGACCUUGGACAAUGGAGUUCAAGUGACGUUCUUGUCCCAUGAAUCUAGUGGAUUUAGGCAUGUGGAGCAAGUGCUUUCCAGCAUAUGGGCCAUGAUAUCUGCAUGUCAACCCAUUGAAAUGCUUGAAACAGGUGAGAUCAAAUGGGCAGCGAGGAUACAGUACUUCCACAAAGCUGUAACAGCAGCCGUUAUGGGACUGGAAACAGAAAGCUUCUCAGCAAACGAGAUCUUGUUGCCUGGAGUGACUUUGGGGUUCUACACCCAGGAGGACAUCGAAAUGAUACGUCAAGCCGAGAGCAAGAAAGAGAAUGAAAGCGAUGGUGAUGGGAAUGAGGAUGGAAUGUCCAAAGCAUUAUCUGAAGUCAUGAAGAAACUUGGAGUUUCACAACAGUACGAUCUGCUGAGCAUAUUUGAGGAGGUCUUGGAGAGCAGCGCCGUGUUUAAGUGCUAUGCUUUAGAGAAGAAGAAAGCCAAAAGUUUCCACGCUCGGGAAAAACAAGGUGACCUUAAUGUUGAAAUGCUCCUGCUGGACGGAGGACUGGCGUGCGAAAUCCUGUCUGAGAAAUCGCUGAUCGACGCGACUGUAAAGACAAUAAAUUCGUCUAUCAAGUACUCGGAUCACCUCCAAACGGCCGAAGAAUCCGACACCUUCAUCGUUGUCCCUUUUUUCUUGAAGAGUUAUGUUGAGAAUCAGUUGGAGGUUUUUGUCCGGAACGCACUAAGGGCUGUUGAGAUGUCGCGGGGCCGAGAAUACAUGAUCGACGCCUCGCCGGCCGCUGGACAGGAAACUGACAGACACGAGUAUAACGCCAUCAUUCCAGUGGACUUCAAAGCGAGUGGAGUGCUGGAGAAAAACAAGAAGUGGGGUAACGGACUGCAGCAGUUUUUGGAGUUCAAGCACCAACUUGCGAUUUCACCGAUAUCCAACGUGACAAACUACAUGUCAAAUUUCCAUUACUUUAAAAGGUACCUCAGCAGGAAUGGUAUAUUUGGUGUUUCAGGUACAUUAGGAGGAAAGGCAGAUCAGGACUUUCUGGCAAAACAUUACGAAGCGAAGAGUUACACCGUACCUGCACAUCGCCAUAAGCGUGUGGUCGAGCUUCCAGUCAUCCAGGUGAAAGGUGGGACUCACCAGUGGAUCCAGACUAUUUGUGAGACCUCAUGGAAAGUAGCAGAGAGAGGACAAGUCGUCUUGGUGAUUUGUGAGGACGUUAAAACGGCAGAUGAACUCCACGUGAAAAUACAAGAUGGGGGCAGAUUUAAAGCAGACCAGAUUACUAUGUACACCAUCAGCGAGAAGCAUGACAUUGAAAAACAGACCUUCUGUGCAGGCAGAGUCAUCAUUGCUACGAAUCUCGCAGGCCGGGGGACAGACAUAAAGGUUGAUGAAAAUGUGAAUAAUUGUGGCGGUCUUUUCAUUCUUCUUACUCACUUUCCACACAACCGAAGAGUGGAGAAACAAAUAUUCGGUCGUACGUCUCGGAAAGGCAAUCCAGGGAUGGUCCAGAUGGUUGUGAACUGUGAUCAUCUCGCACCCGCUUACCAAGGUCAGUCUGUGGAAAUCAUGCGUCAGUUAAGAGAGGAUUAUGAAAUUAAACGAAUCCACGACAUGGAAAGUGACGAGCUGGUUGAAAUAAACCUGAAGGAAGAUCUGUUUUCCACAUUUUGUACAUUGCUGAAGAACUUUGAUGGGCAUUACACACCGAACGAAAAACUGGACCCCAUGCAAAUGCGGCUCAGUAAAAUUCCUGAUUGCUUCACACAUCAUCAGCAUAAGUUUGAUUAUCAGCCUGCCGUCAACGCUAUGAAAGAAUCUUGGGCCUUGUGGUUGACCCUUCAUGAGGAGCACAUCAACAGGCAUGAUGACUUCAGACAACUUGAAGCAGACCUUAUCAGGACGAUGGACGAGACAAGCAGAAAGCUGCUGCGAGGAGAAAGCGAUCAUUUCUACGAUCACGUCAGACAGGCCAUCGUAAGAACUGAUCUGUACUGCCGAAACAAAUCCAGAGAUGACUUUGGAGUCAAAUCCUAUUGGCAGAAAGUUGCAAGCUUUGACCCACACUACAAGGCUGUGGCCCUCUACAACCAGGCGUACAUCACCAUCAACCUCGGCGGGGACAACUAUAAAGCCGACGCUAUGAACCUGCUGGAAGACGCAAAGAAAUCCGUUGAUGUCUACGUCUCAGAGGUCUCAAACACUAUGGUCUCGUGUAACAUCUCAGUCACUGGAAACGUCGAGCACCGCACAGACAACAACAACUUUCAGAGUCAAAUGGAGGCCAGGAUGAACAUCUUUAAGUCGUGGAGGACGUACAUCGAUAACGCGUUGACUAAACUUCGAGAGCUGGAGAAAAGCAACAGCGACGCCAUUACGGAGGACUGUUCGGUCUACACGUUGUCCUCAGAAAAGAACUUCAUCGUCACGAACGAGCUGAGAUCUUUAUACGACUACGGCCUCGGUGUUGUUUUCGAGGUGAAAAAAAAGCCCAAGUUUUGCUUGGAUGCUUUGAUCUGUUUCAUACUCGGGGUGGUGCAGGUGGUCGCUGGGAUCCUAGUCUGUGCACUGACACUUGGGACAGCCAGCCAGUUUGGAAUGGGUCUGAUUUCAGAAGGAGUGUCGGACAUGAUCAGUGGAAUCGAGGGGAUGAUAAAGGGCACCUUCGAUUGGGUGUCAUGGGCAAUCUCGAAGAGUAUCAGCAUAGGGCUCGCUUUGCUAACGGCCGGGUUUAGCGUUAUCAAGAAAGCAGUGACCGCAGUGUUUAAAGUGACAAAAAGUCUACUCAACGGUACCAAGUCCUUCUCUUCUGUUGCGUCGGAAUUCAUCAAAUCAGGAAAGGCAACGUUUAUGUCAUUCAAAGGAAGCGUUCAGUCUGGUGUAUCAUCCCUCACUCAGACAUCUUUUAAGGCUACACUGAAAAACAUGGCAUCUUCUACAGCGCUCAGACAGAACUUCAAACAUGCCACGAAAUACGCGGUUCAGGAACUCGGGAAACAGUCUGUGGUCACUGCCAUGAACUACGCCAUCGACAAAGCGCUUCAGGAAGUUCUUGGGAACAUUUUACGAAGCAGUUUUAAGGACGUGGUUACUAAAUCGGUGAAGGAGAACAGUAAACUGGAUCUGAGUCUUGCCGAGUUCAUCAGCUCAGGUGUUCCGAAAGCUGCCUUGGAAAAGGUGAAUUUCAAGAUUGACCAUAAAUACGAGACGCAAACACAAGAAUCAGUCGCUAUGCUCUGCGAAGAUAUCGCUCCUCACCUCAUAGUGGACUGUACCACAGCACAAGAGGUUAUCAGCAAACUCUCCGAGGUGUGUAACGCAGCAACCGAGAUUAUGGUUAAGGAGAAAGCGAGAGGUGUGUUUGAAAUGGCAAAGCUGGUUCUGAAAGUAGCUGAGUACUCGACACGUCUCGCUCAAAUACUGGAGGCCGUACCGACAAAGAAGAUAAUAGACCAGAAAUUUGUUCCUGAAUUUCUAGAGAGCAUCAGUGAGCUUCAGAAAGGCAUGACGGAAUAUGACCAGGACGGACGACACAAUCUACACGAUGUACAACGCCUUAAAAAAGAACUUCUACAGAUUAUCGCUGAGAAAGUUUCUGAGCAAUUCGUCAGUUCCUGUUCUGAACAUAUAGCGUCUUUAAUGACCGGCACAUUUAAGAGUCAGUUGAGCAGUGCCGUUGGACAGGCGGUAGACCACGUCAUGAGCAGGCUUCAAACGCAACGUUUCUUCCCUGACCAGAGGCAAAAACACAACGAGAAGACUGCGAGCCACAGGGAACCGGAACAGCUGUCGGACGUGGAUAUGACACGGCUAAUGCGGUAUGUGGAAGACAUGAGCCGAGCCGAUCAGCCCGCUACAGCCCUCGAUGUGUACGUGCUCACGAAAAGUAAUCUGCUCCAUGGAAAAGGAAUUCAACUCGCUGUCGUCGAUGAGAACGGAAAACCGCUCACUGAGGAACGUUACCCAGGAACCAGCGAAUCCGCAGGUCAUAUAAAACUGAGAUUAACCAAACCUGCGAAUGCCCCGCAUCCAUCACAAGCUGCUGCACAGCUGUACAGCGGCCAUUUUGCCGUUGUACAAGAUGACGGCAGGAUAAUCAGCGUGGACUCGGACCGUCCGAAUGCUCUUUAUCACGCACUCGCCCAAGCAAUGGGCAGCGAGACAGAAGACCCAAAGAAAGAAGCUUUGAUGCUACGUGAGAAAGUGAUAAAGGAGAUCCAGACGAACCUCGACUCGUACGCACCCGUGCUUAACCUCCAGAGAGGAUAUGACUUCGCUCAGAGGAACCCUGGGAAAUACGGCGUACCUGGUGGAGGUAAAAGGGAGACCGACGCUGCGCUGCAGGAAUACUUACAGAGCGUUAAAUUCAUCAGAAGUGACGAACGCAUCCUCAUCAAAAUGUACCGCCUCGGAUUUGUCGGUGAAAAUCACCGUGUUCUAACUGCUCGGAGGUCCACUAACAACACCACUGGGACGCUCAAAACGAGCCACAUUCCACCCAAGGACUCCAUCAGACAAGCUCAGGCGUUCAUGGAAAGCUCAAACUCGAGUUCACACGUGAGCGAGUUUAAAAAGAAAAACCCGCAGCUUUAUAAUCUGAUCAGCAGCAUAAAGACUGACAGUGACGGACAGAACCUGAUUGCCAUGGAGGUUCUGGGACAGGAUCACAGACGAGCUUUAACUACGGGCCCAAGCAGGAUCUCCCAGAUGGCCAGGAAUCUUCUAGCAGACACUACGAUCAGUGGAGACGUAGAGCUUCUGCUGAAACGCUGCAUGAUCCUACACCACCCACUGACCUCAGAAAAGCUCAGAGGCGCUCUAGGUGAAGGCGUUCUGUCUCAGAGUCACGUGUUGUCCGAUGACGGUAUCCGAGGCUACUACAAAGCGGGAUACAGAAACCUGGUGUCGGAGUACAGCCGCAUGGGAAUCCUGGAUCAGAACCAGCGCGAGCGCCUGGACGAGUGGGUGACUCAGGACCGGCACGAGGACACUAACACUGCGGAGUACCGCCAGCUUCAGCAGGGAUUACGCGAAAAAGCAGACGGAGAACGUGUCUAGUGUUAAUGAACACGUGAUCUCUUCAGCACCUCAUGAUAAUUAUGAUGAUGAUGAUGAUGAUGAUGGUUAUAGCAAGUAGGACAUGAUUGAUCUCGGCCACUGAAAUCGUUUUCACUGCAAACAAUCACAUUUUAGCAAGUGAAGAUAUCUUGUUCUGUUGGUAGAUCAUUUUAAGCACUUAUAUCUAUGAAAGAGCGAUAGAACAAGAGCAUUUCAAACUCAAAAACAAGUAAAAAGUGUCUAGAAAUGACAUUUUCAAUAAAAAAUUUGUUUACAUUAUAUACAGUACAUAAUACAAAACUGCAAUGUGGUAAAUGACUUUUUUGUGAUUUUAUUUGUAGUUAAAUCAGUACGCUUGACAAUAAUGUUCUAACGUGUGUGUUUAGUGUUUAAAAGUGAGGGGGGGUCAGGGGAUUACAGGGUCAUUACACAAAGCAGGAACGCAUGAACUGAAUUACAGACAUAAGAACGAUGUCGGGCUGUGAUUAAAUUUCAUAUAUAUAACAGGAACACGCCGAUAUUUCAGGCUUCUCUCUGAUUAAAAGGUAAAAUACACACUGUGAAAUCAUUUUGCUUAAAACUGGGUGCUAAUUUAUAAUCACAUAAGUCUAAAACGAGGGAAUUUUACGAUAAGAGUGGACGUUUUACACAGAUAUAUUGUCAAAUGUUUUGUUAUUAAUCUGAUUUACAGCGGUAACUGAUCUCAUUUCAUGGAAAUUGUGCCAAUAAAAUUUGACUAGUUUACCUUUGGUGCUCGUUUUAUUUCUUAAAAAUGAGAUGUAAAAACUAAGACAAACUGUCUGGACCAAUCAAAGGGCUGGAUAGAUUUGGACACACCCACUCAUUAUUAUAGGGGAUAAAUGACCAAACAUAGUGGAAUUGAUGAAAUGGACAAAGUAUAAUCAACAUUUGUAUUCUGUUAUAAAUUUAGCCCUUUAGAUAGUUAAUGAAGUUUUUUUUUUUUUUUUUUUUUUAUCUUUUAGUGAUCCAGUAUGGCUAUAGCUUACAUAAAUGUUCCACAGUCUCUGAGUAAAACAUUAACAUCAUGCACCAAGCUGCAUUUUUAUGGUCGGAGCAGGACGCUGUAACACGCUGUGAAUCUUUGUUAAAUUAAAUAAAAAGAAAGAUCUCAGGGUGCAGUUUGUUUUAAAUCCCUUCUGAAUUACUGUCAUUUAUUUCCACACAUCAAGCAGUCAUGCAUUGAGAUCUGAGUAGCUUCAGUACAGGGAUCACUAGUCACAAGUCGAACUUGAUGAAUACUGUUGGACAUAUGGGUGUGAUGGUCAGGGGUGCACAAACUUUUGGCUGUAUAGUGUAUAAUAUGCAUAUUGUAAUGUACAUAGUAAUAAUAGAUACUCGUGCUGUUAGCGGCCUUGUUAAUGUUUAUUUGUGCAACAAACUGCAUGAAGUGUACUGCAGAGUAAGACAUUUCUUGUGAGGCAGUGUUCUCUCUGUCUGUGUGUGUGUAAGUGUGUGUGUGUAACUGUGUGUGUAAGUGUGUGUGUGUGUGUGU